AGCGCAUUAACGAGAUAUUAGAGGUACGUUCUUAGCUUCUCUCGCUUCUGCAUCCUACCCACCGUCAACCGAGGACCUGGAACUGCGUGUUCUCUUUGGUGUGUUUCCAUUAUGUGUUUGUCCACGAGCAUGUAUAUUUUGCCCAUCGCUUGGCACCGACCCUUCUGGCCGCCAAUCUACGGCAUUCUCUGAACCCUAGUUACUUCAACGUUGGCCUCGCUUCUCCGUUUCCUUUUUCUGCCCCAUCCCCAUGUUCUGCUUCCUCCUUCCCGGGUCCGGACACUUUUCACCCGUCCACCAUCGUUACGUCCUCCUCCUCCUACUUACAUCUCCCUCUCUUUCGCCCCAAAAUAGACCGCACGAGGCCGCGCACAAGCUAUGGGCGGCGGACUCUCAACAACCCGCUCCGCCCCCGCCAGUCCCCCGCGGCACUACUCCCGCGCAGACGGCUCCCACGAUGAGAACGUCGGCAUCAUCUCCGGCGGCCCGGACCGCAACUACCAGAGCAUGAACUCGGCACCGCUACCGCCAUCCGCCGUCACCACUACGGCGACGGCCCCGGAGCUGGCUGGCAUGCGGCCGCGCAAGUCGGUCCAGUCGACGAGGAACUCCCUACCGGCGCAGGCCGAGGAGGAAGAGGAGGAAGACUACGACGCCGUGGUCGCGCGGGAGGAAAGGGAAAGAGAAGCGCAGAGGAAGGAACCUUGGUACACGAUCUUGCUGUCCAGCUUUCAGAGCAUUGAGCUGGAGAAUAAGGGCAGCGUGGCUCGCGAUCAUCUGGCGCUCGAACGCACAUUCCUCGCAUGGCUCCGCACAUCCCUCGCCUUCGCCUCAAUAGGCAUCGCCGUAACCCAGCUCUUCCGCCUCAACUCGUCCCUCUCGACGCCGGGCACCGACGACCCAAACAGCCACACCCUCCGCCAGCUGGGGAAACCGCUCGGCGCGACGUUCCUGGGCAUCAGCAUCCUCAUCUUGUUCCUGGGCUACCAGCGCUACUUCCGCGCCCAGCAGUGGGUUAUGAAGGGCAAAUUCCCCGCGAGCCGCGGGACUAUUAUUAUUGUGUCCAUGGUGGCUUUUGCGCUCAUGGCUGUGAGUUUGGUUGUUGUUGUGGUUGUGAGUCCUACGAGUAGGGAGCGGUGAUGUCUGUUUUGUGUUUGACGUUUUGUACGGGGGAUUCAUCUGUUUGAGUGCCCAUGUCUGGCUGCAUGUAUUGGAAAUGAGAGCGUUCUGCACCAACGGGAUACUGGGGUUUGAGUUCGUUUGAAGGCUGCGUGUUUAUAUCAUAUCUAUUUCCUCUCGAUGUAACGCAGCAAUGAGCACGCAAUAAUACCCUGUUAUUGUCAACCGAAGACGAUGUAGUACGUGUAGUCAUCUACAUAGACAUGAGUAACUCUCGUUUGCAACCC